AUGGCAAAUCCAGAUAGCCUUGCUGAACGUAAAGUCAUUGGCAUCAAUGAUCAAUGGCCUCUCCCAACCGUUGAUGUGAACAAAGGAUACCGUUUAGUGGUCAAGAUGCACAACGCUAUCGGCGACAAAACCACAUCCAUUCACUGGCAUGGAAUGUACCAGAACGGAACAAACGACAUGGGCGGUCCUUCCUUGGUCACGCAGUGUUUAGUGGUUCCAGGGUCAGGCAUGACCUACAACUUCACGGUCAAUCAGAACGGCACAUAUUGGUAUCACUGUCACACGGGUUACUGCUAUCCGGAUGGUUACCGAGCGCCCUUCUUCUUCCAGGAUGAGGAGUUCUCCUUCUACAAUGACUACGAUGAAGAGAUGGUCCUCACAAUAACUGAUUGGUACCAUGACAUGACCGAGGACAUAGGACCUGAGUUCAUGUCCUUGUACAACCCUACUGGAGCUGAGCCCAUCCCCAACUCUUUCCUGUUCAACAACUCGGUCAGCCAAAGCUAUCCUGUUGAGGCCGGUAAGACCUACCUCCUUCGACUAAUCAAUAUCGCUACCUUUAUGGGUCAAUACUUCUGGGUAGAAGACCACGAAAUGCGCAUUGUCGAAAUUGAUGGUAUCUAUGUCGAUGAGACGGAAGCAUUCAUUUUGUACCUUUCUGCUGCCCAGCGUUACUCUGUCUUGGUUACCAUGAAGAGUUCUACCGAAAGAAACUUUGGUAUGGCUAUGGUGGCCGAUUCGUCUCUUCUUGAUUUGAUCACGCGUGAUCUUUUGCUCAAUCAAACGAAUUGGCUCGAGUACAACCCUAGUGCUCCUCACAACGACGUGGGAUUGCCCAUGGAAGACUCGUCGGAUCUCUACCCCUUCGACGAUAUGACCCUCGUGCCACAUGAUCGUGUGGAGCUGUAUAAGAACCCGAAGCAGACCAUUGAACUCACUCUGGUCAUGGACAAUCUCGACAACGGCAUGGGAUACGUCGCUAAACUACCCCAGCUACACUAA